CCGCACACCGGCAACGCGCAGCCGCACACACCACCUUCUAAACCAAGCCAGCAGCCAGGCAUGUCGCGCCUCCUCGCCCUCCUCCUCCUCUUCUGCGCGGCCGCCGCGGCCGCGCCCCUGCCCGGGUUCAGGGAGGCGCCGCACUUCACCAACUCCGCCUCCGCGCGCUGCCCGGCGCCGCUAGGCGCGAACGCGGACGGGGACGCGGACGCCGCAUGCUCGCCGCGCGCGGCCGUGCACGUGGCGAUGACGCUGGACGCGUCCUACCUGCGGGGCACCAUGGCCGCGGUGCUCUCCGUGCUGCGCCACGCAUCCUGCCCGGAGUCCGUCCACUUCCACUUCCUCGCCUCCGCCGGGUCGCCCGCGAGGACGGCGGAGCUGGUGGCCGCCGUGCGCGCGUCGUUCCCGUCGCUGGCGUUCCGGGCGUACCCGUUCGACGAGUCGCGCGUGGCGGGCCGCAUCUCGGCGUCCGUCCGCGGCGCGCUCGACCGCCCGCUCAACUACGCGCGCUCCUACCUCGCCGCCACGCUGCCGCCGUGCGUGCGCCGCGUCGUGUACCUCGACUCGGACGUCGUGCUCACCGACGACGUCGCGCAGCUCGCCGCCACGCCGCUCCCGGAGGGCGCGGCCGUAGCCGCGCCCGAGUACUGCGGGGCCAACUUCACCGCCUACUUCACGCCGGGGUUCUGGGCCAGCCCGGCGCUCUCCCGGACAUUCCGCGGCCGCCGCGCCUGCUACUUCAACACGGGCGUCAUGGUGCUCGAUCUCCCCCGGUGGCGGGCGGCGGGGUACACGGCGCAGAUCGAGGGGUGGAUGGAGCUGCAACGGCGGGUGCGCAUCUACGACCUCGGCUCGCUGCCGCCCUUCCUCCUCGUGUUCGCCGGCCGGAUAGCCGCCGUCGACCACCGAUGGAACCAGCACGGCCUUGGCGGCGACAACUACCGCGGCCUAUGCCGCGGCCUGCACGCCGGGCCGGUCAGCCUGCUGCACUGGAGCGGCAAGGGCAAGCCGUGGGACCGGCUCGACGCCGGCCGGCCGUGCCCGCUCGACGCCGUCUGGGCAAAGUACGACUUGCUCCGGCCGGACACCGGGAUCGACAGCUUGUGAUGAUGAUCGCGUUCCAUCGAGCGCCAAUCUUUUUUGAUCGGAUUGAUUUGAUUAGGAGAUAGAUCAUCAGUUCAGCUCAGCUCCUUCUUUUGUUGAUUCUUGUUGUCAACUUUCCUUAUUAAUUAGAGUGUUUGUGCAAGCUGAAACAAGUGUACAUACUAGUGUUUACACCAACAAUUAACGGAAAUUGACGACUUAAAUA